AUUUAAAAUAAUAUGUAAAUUUUUGUUAAGACCCUCACGGGCAAGACCAUCACACUCGAUGUCGAGCCAUCUGAUACUAUCGAUGCUGUUAAGGCUAAGAUCUAAGACAAGGAAGGAAUCCCUCCUGAUUAAUAAAGAUUGAUUUUUGCUGGAAAGCAAUUGGAAGAUGGAAGAACUCUUUCCGAUUAUAACAUCUAAAAGGAAUCAACUCUUCAUUUAGUAUUGAGACUCAGAGGAGGUGGUAUGGAGCCAACCAUUGCUGCUAUUGCCAAAAAGUAUAACGUUGAAAAAAAAAUAUGCAGAGUUUGCUAUGCCAGGUAUUGAAUUGAUUGAUUAUUGUUAGAUUACCACCAAAAGCCCACAAUUGCAGAAAGAGAAAGUGUGGACACUCAAACUAAUUAAGAAUCAAGAAGAAGCCCAAGGAUUGAUAUAAUUAUGAAUAGUACAAUAAUAAACAAAUAUGUUUUAUC